AAAUCAACGAGUUUCUAAAUCUCGCUCGCUCUUUGGCGUUGGUGACCUCAGCAUGAGCAGUCCACCGGAUAUUCAUGUCGUGAAUGAAAUAUGGAGAAGAGUGAUCGUAAAGAAUGCCUUGAGGGUAGCAAGGACGAGCUCGUCUCCAAAGUGCCCGAAGACGAAGAAAUGGCCGCUGUUGAGAGCGGCAAAGAGGUUGAGGAAAAGGUCAGCAUCGAGCAGAUUCUAGCUGGAAUGACUAGCGAGUUCAAUCGCAGUGUCGUUACUCCGGUGAAGCAGUCCGCCGACAAUCAAACUACUAGUGUCAAAGUGAACAACAAAUUGAACUCGAUGCAAAAGGACAUGGAAACGUCGAGCGAGUUGAAAAAAAAUCUUUCGGAUAAUUCUAACGACGUCUCGAUCAUAAGAGCGAAUUCACGGAACGAAGAACACUCGUCAAUUACUAAAAUCAACGAGACUGACGACUCGGUUGGUGAACGCGAUAAAACUAAGCCGGAAAACGUGUCCAAAAAAGAUAACAACAUACCACGAAUCGUCCUCACGUUUAGGACUAUUGAUGAAAAUACUGAUUAUGGCAGGAAGACUAAAAUCUCAAGCUGCUCCUCCAAUCUCAGUCUUGUCCCCGAUGAACUUGGCAAUUGUGAUCAAAUCGGUGGUGUUUCUGUAAAAAUUGAACAUUCCGAUGAGAAUUCUGACAAUGCGGAUAAAUCAGAAAAUGAGGAGUCUAAGAAUGACGAUGAAUCCAAGGUUGACGAGGAAAAAAAUGAUGAGUCCAAAGAUUCAUCUGGAGAAACUAGUAAAGAAAAAAGUUUGGAAAACGAUGAAAAAGUCCCUGAACAAGAGGAAAAAGAGCCAGACAAAAAACUGGAAAAUGAAGAUUCUGUAGUUGAGGACGUAGAUAUGGAAGCUGUCGGGGAAACCAACAAACAAUCGGAACCAGAACCUCCUGUAACGAGAAAACGAAGAGCCGCACGAGCAAGAUCCAGAGUCUUGAGCGACUCAGCAGAAGAAUCGCCAGGUCCAAAACGUUCGGCUCGUCGUUUGUGCAAAGAGCCUUUCAGGAGUACGGUUCUAGAGAGUGCAAUGGCAAGAAAAGAAAAAUCGAAUUACACUUUGGAGACAUCGCAAUGGAAGAGAAAAGCCAAACCAGGAAGGCCAAAAAAACCAAUGAAAGAACAAUCGAAGCCGGCUCAGUCAAAGUUGACAGCCGAAGUGAAGACAGAAGUUGUCGUCCAAAAUGGUGAUACGAGCAAUUCGUUAGUUGGUGAGGGAAAUAGCACUUUGGAAAACUCAAGGCUCGGGAAUUCUGAGAAUAGUAUAAACGAAGUGAGCCUUGAAGAGUCACAGAAUAAUUCUAUAAGCGAUUAUGAUGGUAUGCCAAAGUUAUCGCCCAUUACUAAAACCAAUUCGGAUGGUGGUCAAUCGAGAAUCACCUCUAGCGAGACUAGCUCAAAUAAUCCUGCCGGAAAUGACGAAAGUUCGAGUAGCGAUAUAGAUAAACCAUUUUUAAAACCUGUUGCUGGACGAACGAGGAGAGACCGUGGAAGACCACGGAGUGCUCAAGCUGCUAGAAAAAUAGCGAAGACUGACUCUUUCGAAGAUGGAUCUUCUCCCUCUAUAGCUGAAACGGGGAAAAACAACGACUAUCCCGAAGAAUUUACAGGUCCCGUUAAACGAACUCGCCGAAGUAUGGCACCGAGUCCCAGCCCCGCAGAGGGACAAGCUUCGAAACCCGAAUCAACUGCGAUAUUCAGCGAGUCGUACGAGCAAACAAUGAAGUGUCUGUGCCAAGUCAGGUCGCAGUUGUACGUAACGAUAACCGGCUCAGGCGCGCCUCUCUACUGUACAGCGAUCGAUUCGAUCGAUAAUCGGUUAGUCGGAUGUUGCAACGAGGUCGAUAGCAACGACGUUGCGAUGCGGCGUCCGAGCACGUGUGUUCCCUUCAUAAUCCUAUGUCGUACGCACAAGGAGAGAUUAUUAAGGCACAACUGUUGUCCAUCAUGCGGUUUGUUUUGUACUCAAGGUAAAUUCGUGCAAUGCGCAAACGGUCAUCAGUUUCAUCGAGAAUGUGAAACGAUAGUCAAUAAAAAGUCGGCCUGCCCUCACUGUGCAACUGAGAGUACGAUUUACGAAAUAUUGGUCACAAUGAACGGCACACGAAAACCUGUUUAUAUACCAACUAGAAGAAAAUUCUCCAAGUUUCCAUCUGCCAAAAUGAGCUUGCCGGGAAAAGGUGACAAUACUAAAUUGGCCGAACGACCACCGAGUCCAUUGGUUAGUCCCGAGGAUAUUAAAAUACCGGAAGCGACGCUUUCCGAUCGACCGGAACGAUACACGAUCAUGAGUCUCUACACGUCAGUGAAAAAUGGCGAUUUGGAAAAAUUGGUCAAUGUUUUGGCAUGCGGUUACAACGCGAACCACACAUUCCGGGAGCAAUCUCAUCGCACAGGACUUCACAUAGCCGCGGAAAAAGGACAUUUGGGAUGUGUCCAUGUGUUGAUCCAAGCGGGAGCCCAAGUCGAUGUCAUGGACAAAAAUCAAUUAACGCCGUUGAUGCUUGCUGCCACUGAGGGUAAAACGGACGUCGUUAAAUACCUCGUAAGAACAGGAGCUGACGUUACCCUCAAAGGAGAGGAUGGUAUGACGGCUUUGCACAUGGCAGCCAAGUCGGGGCAUUUGAAAGCGUGUAGAAUCAUUCUAUCCGAGUGCAAAGUACCUCGGACUUUAGUAGAUUCCGUCGAUGACGGUGGCUGGACGAGUCUCAUAUGGGCCUGUGAAUUUCGUCACUCGAACGUCGCACGGUUCCUUUUGGAGAAGAAGUGUGAUCCUCUGAUUCGAGAUGCCGAGCAAAAUAUAGCUCUGCAUUGGAGCGCGUACAGCGGAAGCUCAGAAAUAACUGAAAUGUUGCUAAACGAGGGUUGCGACGUGAAUGCGGUUAACGUUCACGGCGACACACCUUUGCACAUAGCAGCGAGACAGGAUCAGUAUGCCGUGAGCGUGCUUUUGUUAGCUCGAGGGGCAAAAGUCAGCGAAGUUAAUGCUGCCGGUGAGACGGCGGUGAAUUGUUGUGUCAACGAUGGCGAUACGCUGGCAGCACUCCGACUCAAUGCGAAAGUCAACGAGCUAUCGGAACACAUGUGGGAAAAAACUACGAGGAUUCUUACAAACGAUAUAUCGAGGGGGAAAGAGACUAACCCGAUACAAUGUGUAAACGGUUACGACACCGAAGACAAACCAACGGAUUUUCUUUACGUCACGGAAAAUUGCUUUACGAGCAAUAUAAACGUUGAUCGUACGAUAACUUCGUUACAGUCCUGCCAUUGCGAGGAUAAUUGCAGCUCUGAAAAAUGUCUCUGUGGUAAUAUCAGUCUGAGAUGUUGGUACAGCGAGGAAGGGAAGCUGAUUCCAGAGUUCAAUUACACCGAUCCACCAAUGCUCUUCGAGUGUAAUCAAGCAUGCGAUUGUAAUCGUAUCACUUGUAACAAUCGGGUCGUUCAGCAUGGUUUGACGCAGAGAUUUCAGUUGUUUCGUACUACGGGCAAGGGUUGGGGCUUACGAACGCUCAGACACAUACCCAAAGGGACUUACGUCUGUGAAUACGUCGGUGAAAUUAUUUCUGAUUCUGAAGCUGAUCAUCGAGAAGACGAUUCUUAUCUUUUCGAUUUGGACAAUCGAGACGGAGAAACUUAUUGCAUAGAUGCAAGACGUUACGGAAAUAUAGCCCGGUUUAUAAAUCACUCGUGCGCACCAAAUUUAUUACCGGUGCGAGUGUUCGUUGAGCAUCAAGAUUUACAUUUUCCUAGAAUAGCGUUUUUCGCCAAUCGUGACAUCGAGGCCGAUGAAGAACUAGGAUUCGAUUACGGUGAAAAGUUUUGGAUAAUAAAGUGCAAGUCAUUCACAUGUACCUGCGGCGCUGAGAAUUGUCGUUAUUCGGAGAAAACUAUACAAGUUACGUUGGACAAUUACCGAAAGAAAAUACAACAGGAAGAAAUUCUUGCAGCACAAAUGCUCUAGUCCAAGUAAAAUAAAAAAUAAAAAAAAAAAAACUAAACAAAAAUAAAAGUACGCAAAGGGCUCAUGAUCACGUGGAAUGGUAAAGAAAACGAGAAUUCCAAUUGCCAAAUUGGAGGAAAAUCAUGUUAUUUAAGAGUGUAUAAAACAACUUUAACAAACGACAAACAAGAAAGCAUAUAUAUGUGAAAAAAUAUGUGUAAAAAUAAUGGAUGAGUACAAAAGUGCGGAGAAAUGUUAGUUAAUAUUGAUCUUUUUGGUAUGAUAAUUGAAUGUUCGAGUUUGUUGAUACGUGUUGUUUUUUUCCGAAUUUGUUUCCAACGGCCGAGCUUGCCCAAACACCAUUAUCAACGAAGAAUUGCUUCCUGAUUUGACUUAAACACGGUUUGUUGUAACGCCUACAAGAAUUCACAAAAAACAUCACAAAAUUGUCACAUUUUUAAAAAACUUUUUUUUGCAAUGACAAAUUGCAUUAUUUUAGAUAUUAUUAUUGAUUAAGUGUUGAGAAUGAAUAUGUGGUUGAAAUUUGUAUCGUUAUUCAUCAUGCAUCUUAACAAAAAUCUGCGUGUGAAAAAAAAAGCUUAUUGUUUUUUUUUUUUUCUUUAAAUCACGAUAUCGAUCGCAUCGGUCUUUGGAUGCGUAAAGAAUAAUUUUUGUCAAAGAUAAAUAUGAAAAAUCGUGCUAGAUUAUUGUUAUGUAUUAAUUGAGAUUUUUCAAUUUUCACGACUGUUAAUGGUGCGAGGGUUUCAUAAUACUGAAACUAUCAUAAUUAUAUGUCGUCUUGCAAAAGAAUACGAUUUUUUGUACAAAUUGCAAACUUUUUUUUAUAAUAAAAAAAAAGUAAAAAGGA